AUGGGACCACGGCGGUUCGGCUUGCGUAGCGCAGGCAAGAGCCCCCACCCUCGGGGGCCAGCCUCCCGCCGUAAUCGCUCACAGGUGCUCAUCUCGCGCCUCGUGCCAUCCUCCAGCGCGGAUACCCCGUCGAGCGUCGAUUCCUCCUCCGACACGGAGUCCUCCUCCUCCUCCUCCUCCUCCUCCUCGUCCGCCGUGUCCGUCUCGUCCAGCGCGCGGGACUCGCCAAACUCCUCGCCCAUGGUUGGCCUCCAAUCGGCGGCCUCCUCGCCGGUGGCCACCCCCUCGGCAAGCCCCGGGACAGGAGCCUUCCCCGACGCCUCGACCGUGGACGCGUCAUCGCCGGACACCGCCACGCCCCCUGCCCCUGAGGGGUCCGAAAGCAUCUCCCAAGCCCUCUUCUGCUCGGACUCCCUCUUCUCGGGAAACUUCGCCUCGCAAAAUAUUUCCCAGCUGCUGAGGGAGAUUGAGCAGCGCUCGCCGGAGCUCCUGCCCCAGGAGGCAAGUCAAGCUUCGACUCUCGACACCAUCAGCGCGCCCACCAUCAUCGCCGGCCCUACGGCUGUCAGUGCCACUGUGGUCGCCGCCGCCGCCGCCGCCGCCGCCGCCGCCGCCGCCGCCGCCGCCAUCGCUGCUCCUGUUGCUGCCCUUCCCACCCCUAGUGCCGUCAUCACGGCGCCCGCCGCCACCGCAGGCAUGGCGUCGGCUGGUGCCAGCUCAGGCGGCAACAGCAGCAACCGCAUGGACGUCGACGAUCCAUCCCCCGAUCGCUCGGGGUAUUCUCCCGACUCCGGCCUCGGCUCCAAUUUCACCGGCCCCGGCUCCGGCUCCGGCUCCGGCUCCGGCUCCACUUCCUCUCCUGAUGAUAGCCUGGCUGGUGAUUCCUCUGACACCGGCAAUGCCGGCAACCGUGUCAGCUCCGACAGCAGCAACAGCUCCAGCAGCAGCUCCGAUAGCAGCUCCGAUAGCAGCAGCAGCAGCAGCAGCAGCAGCAGCAGCAGCAGCACCGAUAACAGCGACUCGGGCACCGAAAGUGAGGAAUCCUCCUUCGCUGACUCCAAUCCGGUGGUCCAGCAAUCGGUCUUCCAUUCCCAGCUCCAGCCUGGCUGCCUGCCGCUGCUGCUUGCGAGUGCCCGCUCUGGCGCGCGGAGCGACGCCCUCCCGGACCUUUUCCGUCUGCCCGGCGAGACGGAGCCCCAUGUCAGCCUGGCCGUUACCCGGGUGUUCCGCUUGUGGCAGCGUGGCGUCGAGCAGCAAGUACACUCCCUCUCGUUGCUGCAGCCCGGCAGCCUGGUCCUGCUGAACUCCUGCAAAUUGCGUGCCAUCAGCCCGCAUUCCGACCUGCCGGCGGCCACCGUCCCGCGGCCGGUCUUCGAAAACCAACUCCGCCAAACGCCGGCUCUCCUGCAGACGGACAUCCUGCGAUUCGCGGACAGCUUCGCCACCCAGGGCACCAAGGUGCCCAUUGCCGACCCCCAGCCGAACACGGCGCAGGUCGACGUCUCGGUCGAAUACAACAACACCCGCCUCUACAAACAGGCCAAGGGCUAUGUCCUGGAGGUAGAUGGUGCCCAAACCACCGAGGAUCUCCGGCGCUGGCCCCAUCCGCCAGCCCUGGCACUGAACCUGACCAAGCUGGGCGCCCUGCCCGACGGGACAGCGCUCGACAUCGGCUGUGGGCAGCCCUUCGCCAAGCGGCAUCUCGAGCGCGUCGGCGACCUCCUUGAUGAUGGCGUGCCUUUGCCAAUCCUGGCGGUCUCAGCCGUCAGUCGCCAGCAUUCCACGUCGAUGUACGUUCCCUGA